ACUGGCCUAUGUGACUUACCAGGACAUCCGUGCUGUUGGCAACUUUAAGGAGCAGACAGUGAUUGCGGUCAAGGCCCCUCCACAGACAAGACUGGAAGUGCCUGAGAAGCCAGAGGAGAGCCUGCAGAUGUAUCUGAAGAGCACCCAAGGGCCCAUCGAAGUCUACCUGUGCCCAGAAGAGGUGCAGGAACCCGACACUCCUACCAACGAACCCCUCCCGUCCACCUCCGCCUUUAGCCCCAACCCUGACUGUGCCCAGCCCAAUGUCAGCACUGACCAUGGGAUCAUGGAGCCCGAAGGAUCCUCAGUACCAGCGCUGACUCCCCCGCAGAUCCCACCGCCACCAGCACCAUCUCUUGUCCCCUUGGAGGCCACGGACAGCAUGCUGGAGCUGCCACACUCACUUCUGCAGCAGACCGAGGACCAGUUCCUGUCCCCGAGCCUGGCCUGCAGCUCCCCUCUCAUCAGCUUCUCCCCACCCUUGGACCAGGAGGACUACCUUUGGGGCCUGGAUGGGGGUGAGGGCAUCAGUGACCUCUUCGACUCCUAUGACCUUGGGGACCUGUUGAUUAAUUGAGUAGCCCUGUCUACCCCAGCAGCCCCACCCCUGUCUCUACCUCCUCAUGGACAGACUGACAGACCCUCUGCCCACACGGGGACAUUGGACACAAGGUCCAAUGUCUCCUCUCCUUUCCAUGUUGGUAGAUGUGGGUGAGGAGCAUAUCAGGGAUGGGGUCCUGUUCUUCCACUUUUGGCCUCUGACCUCUUACAUGAAGGACCACAGGUGUGCUGGGCACCAGUGGCUCAUGCCUGUAAUCCUAACUACUCAGGAGGCAGAGAUCAGGAGGUUCGAGGUUCGAAGCCAGCCUGGAGAAAUAGUUUAUGA